AUGAAAGCCGUCAUUUACACAGGUGACCGAAACAUCUCAGUCGAAGAUCGUCCCAAGCCAGCCAUUCUAGCGCCCACCGAUGCCGUCGUCAAGGUCCUCCACACAACUAUAUGCGGGACCGACCUACAUAUCCUGCAAGGCGACGUCCCGACCUGCACACCAGGUCAGAUCCUCGGCCACGAAGGCGUUGGCAUCGUUGACUCCAUUGGCGCCGCAGUGACAAACUUCACUGUCGGCCAGCGGGUACUCAUCUCCUGUAUCACCUCGUGCGGGACGUGUGACUACUGCCGCAAGAAAAUGCCCUCAAAGUGCGAGUCCGGCGGCUGGAUUCUUGGCCACACGAUUGACGGUACCCAGGCCGAAUACGUCCGCAUCCCACACGCUGCAUUCUCGCUGCAUGCGCUGCCGGAUAGUGUCGAUUCCAAAGUCGCUGUCACUCUGUCCGAUACAGUCCCGACCUCGUACGAGUGUGGGAUUUUGAACGGUGAGAUCAAGGCUGGGUCCACCGUUGCAAUCAUUGGCACUGGUCCGAUUGGGUUGAUGAUUCUUCAGAUGGCUCAGAGACUGUUUGGUCCGUCAAUGACGGUGGUGAUUGGGAGAGGACCGUCCAGGCUUGAGACGGCCCACUCAAUGGGAGCCAAUCAUGCAUUCAGCGUCCUUGAUGGCCAGGAUGCAGUUGUAUCUUCGGCUCUCAGAGUGACCAAGGAGAGGGGGUUCGAUGUGGUGAUCGAGGCAGUGGGUACUGUCGAUUCUUUCAAGAUCGCACAGGCCCUGAAGCUGUGGAAUCGGAACAUCUGCCUGAGGACAAGACUUGUUGAUGCUGUGAGCACCCCGGAUCUGCUCAAGCUGGUCGAGGUGGAGGGUAUUGAUCCCAGUUUUCUCGUCUCGCACAGCUUCCCGUUCGAUAACAUACACGGGGCUUAUGAAGCGUUCGGGUCUCCCUCGAAGCAUGGUGCACUUAAGGUGGUCGUCAAUCUGGAAGAAAUAUUCAUGAAUGGAUCGUGA